AGAAGGAGCGCGGGGGGCGGCCGGUGUGCCGCCGCGGCUGAGGAAAAUGGUGUUCGAGUCGGUGGUCGUGGACGUGUUGAACCGGUUUUUGGGGGACUAUGUGGUGAACCUCGACACGUCCCAGCUCACUCUGGGCAUCUGGGGAGGAGCUGUGGCCUUGAAGAACCUUGAAAUUAAAGAAAAUGCCCUGAGUCAACUGGAUGUACCAUUUAAAAUUAAAGUUGGUCAUAUAGGUAAUCUUAAUCUUAUAAUUCCAUGGAAAAACCUUUAUACUCAACCAGUUGAAGCUGUAUUGGAAGACAUUUAUUUACUCAUAGUGCCUUCUUCUAAAAUAAAAUAUGAUCCUCUAAAAGAAGAAAAACAACUCUUAGAAGCAAAGCAGCAGGAACUAAAAAGAAUAGAAGAAGCAAAACAAAAAGUAGCUGAUCAAGAAAACCAACGGGUGGAGAAACAGGACACUUUUACAGAAAAAUUAAUUACUCAGAUCAUAAAAAAUCUUCAAGUGAAAAUUUCCAACAUCCAUAUUCGUUAUGAAGAUGAUAUCACAAAUCGGGACAACCCACUCUCAUUUGGUAUUUCCCUUCAAAAUCUCAGCAUGCAGACCACUGAUCAGUACUGGGUUCCUUAUUUACAUGAUGAAAGUGAGAAACUAUUUCGUAAGUUAAUCCGAUUGGAUAACCUUUUUGCCUAUUGGAAUGUGAAGUCUCAGAUGUUUUAUCUUAAUGAUUAUGAUGAAUCAUUGGACAGCUUGAAAAAUGGCAUUGUCUAUGAAAAUAUUGUUCCAGAAGGUUAUGAUUUUGUAUUUCGUCCCAUAUCUGCUAUUGCCAAACUUCAGAUGAAUCGCAGAUCGGAUUUUGACUUUUCUGCCCCCAAGAUAAAUCUGGAUGUUGAGUUACAUGACAUAGCAAUUGAAUUUAAUAAACUGCAGUAUUUCAGUGUUAUGGAGCUUCUUGAAUCAGUUGAUAUGAUGACACAAAAUCUACCAUAUAGAAAAUUCAAACCUGAUGUACCUCUUCACUACCAUGCCAGAGAAUGGUGGGCUUAUGCUAUAUAUGGUAUUCUUGAAGUAAAUGUUGGUCCCCGCUUACGAAUGUGGUCAUGGAAGCAUAUUAGCGAACACAGGCAAAAAAUGAAGCAAUAUAAAGAACUGUAUAAAAAAAGGCUAAUAAGUAAGAAGCCAUCUGGUGAACUUCUCAUCUCUUUGGAGGAGUUGGAAAAGACUUUGGAUGUAUUUAAUAUAACUAUAUCCAGACAACAAGCAGAAGUUGAGGUAAAGAAAGCUGGAUACAAGAUUUACAGAGAAGGAGCAAAAGAUUCAGAGGAUAAUAAAGGAUGGUUUAGCUGGCUGUGGACUUGGUCAGAACCAAAUACUAAAGAACAACCAGAUGUUAAACCUGGAAUUCUUGAAGAAAUGUUGACACCUGAAGAAAAAACUUCACUCUAUGAAGCAAUUGGCUAUAGUGAAACAGCAGUUGAUCCAACCUUGCCCAAAACAUUUGAAGCCAUGAAGUUCUUUGUUCACUUGAAAAGUAUGUCUAUUGUUCUAAGAGAAAAACAAGAAAAACAUGAACUGUUAGAUAUUGUAGUAGAAGAAUUUAGCACUUUGAUUGUGCAGAGACCAGGAGCCCAAGCAAUUAAAUUUGAAACCAAAAUAGAUUCAUUUCAUGUUACUGGCUUAUCAGAUAAUUCAACAAAACCCCGCCUCCUGUCUUCAUUGGAUGAUGCUACAUCACUCUUCCAAAUUACAUUUGAGAUAAAUCCUUUAGAUGAAACUGUGGCUCAAAGGUGUAUCAUAGAAGCUGAACCUUUAGAAAUGAUAUAUGAUGCAAGAACAGUGAAUAGUAUAGUGGAAUUCUUCAGACCUCCAGAAGAAGUAAAUCUAGCACAGCUCACUUCAGCAACUUUGACAAAACUUGAAGAAUUUCGUGAUAAGACAGCAACAGGUCUACUGUAUAUUAUUGAAACACAGAAAGUUCUUGAUCUCAAAAUUAAUUUGAAGGCCUCAUAUGUUAUUAUCCCACAAGAUGGAAUUUUUAGCCCUACAUCAAAUCUACUUCUUUUGGAUCUUGGUCAUCUCAAGGUGACAAGUAAAAGUCGUUCGGAAUUACCAGAUAUGAAACAAGGUGGGGCCAAACUUGAAGAAAUAAUGCAUAGAGCUUAUGAUUCCUUUGAUAUUCAGCUUACAAGCAUACAGCUGCUUUACAGCAGAGUUGGUGAUAAUUGGAAAGAAGCACGAAAACUCAAUGUAUCUACACAGCAUAUUUUGGUACCUAUGCACUUCAAUGUGGAAGUCUCUAAGGCCAUGGUUUUCAUGGAUACAAGAAUGCCCAAAUUCAAGAUUUUUGGAAAGUUACCACUGAUUUCUUUACGAAUCUCAGAUAAAAAACUGCAAGGGAUUUUGGAAUUGGUUGAAAGCAUUCCAAAACCAAAAGCGGCAACUGAAGUACAUGACCCUGUCAAAUCAUUUCAGAUUCAAAGGUCCACUUCUUUGGGAACGUCACAGAUUUCACAGAAAAUGUAUCCUCUCUUGGAAAUUCCAUGUGUUGAAGAUGAGUCAGAGGAGGAAUUUUUUGAUGCACCGUGUAGUCCCUUGGAGGAGCCUCUUCCAUCUCCGACUAUAGUUAAAAGUUAUCAACAGAAAAAGUUUCAGAAGCCGGAUUGUUCAAAAAAUAUGACUCAGUAUAAAAUAAGAUUUGAAGUGCCAGAGGUUUUGAUUCAGUUUUAUCACCUUGUUGGAGAUUGUGAAUUACCUGUGGUAGAAAUUGAUGUCUUAGGAUUGGGCACAGAAAUUGAGCUUAGAACAUUUGAUUUGAAAGCAAAUGCCUUUUUGAAAGAGUUCUGCUUAAAAUGCCCAGAAUACUUUGAUGCAAAUAAGAAACCAGUUUAUUUGAUUACAACACUGGAUAACACAAUGGAAGAUCUGUUAACACUGGAAUAUGUGAAGGCUGAAAAGAAUGUACCCAACUUGAAAAGUACCUAUAACAAUGUUGUGCAACUGAUUAAGGUGAAUUUUUCCUCUUUGGAUAUUCAUUUACAUACUGAAGCACUUCUGAAUACAAUAAAUUAUUUUAAUAAUAUCCUUCCACAAUUGGAGGAAAAAUCAGCCUCAGUGUAUGUUGCAGAGAGUGAAGACAAAGGAGAAGUCAUUAAAAAAAUAUCUUUAAAACUACCCAAGAGUGAAGAUAUUAUUACCUUGCAGAUUUUAGCAGAAUUAUCAUGUUUACAGAUCUUUAUUCAAGAUCAGAAACGUAACAUUUCUGAAAUUAAGAUUGAAGGGCUUGAUUCUGAGAUGAUAAUGAGGCCUUCAGUAACUGAAAUAAAUGCAAAGCUAAGGAAUAUAAUUGUUUUGGAUUCUGAUGUAACAGCUGUAUACAAAAAGGCUGUUUAUAUCACUGGAAAGGAAGUUUUCAGCUUCAAAAUGGUUUCUUUCAUGGAUGCAACUGCUGGUUCGGCAUACACAGAUAUGAAUGUGGUUGACGUUCAAGUUAAUUUAACUGUUGGUUGCAUUGAAGUAGUUUUUGUCACAAAAUUUCUAUAUUCCAUACUGGCUUUUAUAGAUAAUUUUCAAGCAGCUAAACAAGCCUUGGCUGAGGCAACUGUUCAGGCAGCAGGAAUGGCUGCUACUGGUGUAAAAGAACUGGCACAAAGGAGUUCCAGAAUGGCAUUGGAUGUUAACAUCAAAGCCCCAGUUGUGGUCAUCCCACAGUCUCCAGUUUCUGAAAAUGUGUUUGUUGCUGAUUUUGGACUAAUUACAAUGACAAAUACGUUCCAUAUCAUAACAGAGAGCCAGAGCAACCCCCCACCCAUUAUUGAUUUGAUAACGAUAAAGCUGAGUGAAAUGCGACUAUACAGGACUCAAUUUAUUAAUGAUGCAUAUCAGGAGGUACUGGAUCUACUACUGCCAUUAAAUCUUGAGGUGAUUGUUGAGCGAAAUUUAUCCUGGGAGUGGUACCAGGAAGUUCCUUGUUUUAAUGUAAAUGGUCAGCUAAAACCCAUGGAGUUCAUCCUUAGUCAAGAAGAUAUAACAACUAUUUUUAAAACAUUGUAUGGCAAUAUAUGGUAUGAAGAAGGUGAUAGUGCCUCACCUGUAGGAAUAAAAGAUCAGGGUAGUGUUACUAGUGGAGUUACUUCAUAUCAUUCAGGAGGAACAACUGUAGUGACAGCUGCUGUGGUAGAAGUACAUUCACGUGCCUCUCAAGUUAAGACAACACUAAAUUUGAGUUUCAAAACUGAUUAUCUCACCAUGGUACUGUAUAGUCCAGGUCCUGAACAGACUGCCUUUACAGACGUUCGUGAUCCUUCUCUGGAACUUGCCGAAUUUAAGUUGGAGAAUAUUAUAAGUACUUUAAAAAUGUAUACAGAUGAUUCAACAUUUUCUUCCUUCUCAUUAAAAAACUGUAUUUUGGAUGAUAAAAGGCCUCAUGUCAAGAAGGCAACUCCUAGAAUGAUAGGACUGACAGUUGGAUUUGACAAAAAGGACAUGAUGGAUGUAAGGUAUAGGAGAGUCAGAGAUGGUUGGGUGACUGAUUUAGUCCUUCAAGAGAUGUAUAUUUGUGCAAGUGUGGAAUUUCUGCUGACAGUUGCAAAUGUCUUUCUUGAGGCUUACACCACAAGCACUGCUGUAGAAACCAAUGUUCAAACAUGGACUGCUAAGGAAGAAGUACCUAUACAGGAAUCAGUGAAGUGGGAAAUUAAUAUUCUUAUUAAAAAUCCUGAAAUUGUGUUUGUGGCUGAUAUGACAAGAAAUGAUGCUCCUGCCUUAGUCAUUACAACACAAUGUGAAAUUUGUUGGCUAGGUGACCUUGAAAGCAAUACAAUGACUGCUGCCAUUAAAGAUCUCCAAGUGAGAGCAUGCCCAUUUCUUCCAGUAAAGAGAAAAGGCAAAAUCACUACUGUUUUGCAGCCCUGUGACUUGUUCUAUCAAGCUACUCAGAUAGGUACAGAUCCACAAGUGAUUGAUGUAUCAGUAAAAUCCCUGACACUGAAGGUUUCACCAGUUAUCAUAAAUACUGUGAUUACCAUAACUUCAGCACUUUAUACAACUAAGGAAACCAUCCCACAAGAAACUGCUUCGUCUACAGCACAUUUAUGGGAAAAGAAGGAUACAAAGAAUUUAAAAAUGUGGUUUCUUGAAGAACCAAAUGAAGUUGAAAACUUAGCUCCCGCAACUGAAUUGGUACCCAAAGGAGAGAUAAUAAGAAUGAACAUUGAUUCUAUUUUUAUAGUUCUUGAGGCUGGAAUUGGUCAUAGAACAGUGCCCAUGCUUUUGGCAAAAUCACGUUUUUCAGGAGAAGGCAAAAACUGGAGUACCCUAAUAAAUCUCCACUGUCAACUUAAGCUGGAAGUGCAUUAUUACAAUGAAAUGUUUGGUGUAUGGGAGCCUUUGCUUGAACCCUUAGAAAUUGAUCAGACUGAGGAUUUUAGACCGUGGAAUCUUGGAAUCAAGAUGAAAAAGAAAGCAAAAAAGGCCAUUGUUGAGUCAGAUACUGAAGAAGAAAAUUACAAAGUCCCAGAAUAUAAAACUGUCAUCACUUUUCAUUCAAAAGACCAACUAAACAUUACAUUAUCCAAAUGUGGCCUUAUAAUGUUAAAUAAUUUAGUCAAGGCAUUUACAGAAGCCGCCACUGGAUCUUCAGCUAUCUUCAUAAGGGAUCUAGCGCCAUUUCUGAUUUUAAAUUCUCUUGGACUUACUAUCACUGUUUCACCAAGUGAUUCUUUCAGUGUACUCAAUGUUCCUAUGGCAAAAUCAUAUGUAUUGAAAAAUGAGGAAAGUUUAAGUAUGGAUUAUUUUGGAACUAAAGACAAUGAUCAUUUCAACGCAAUGACCAGCCUAAGCAGCAAGCUCUUCUUCAUUCAUCUUACACCUGCUAACCACUCUGCUGCUGAUAAAAUUCCUUUAACAAAAGUGGGACGACGACUGUACACUGUAAGACACAGGGAGUCUGGAGUUGAAAGAUCUAUUGUUUGUCAAAUUGAUGGAGUAGAAGGAAGUAAGAAGGUAACAAUUCGCUCCCCAGUGCAGAUUAGAAACCAUUUUUCAAUCCCGCUUUCUGUUUAUGGAGGAGACACUUCAUUGGGAACAGCUUCACCUGGAAAUGAAUUCAACAUACCAUUAACAUUUUACCGAUCACUCCUUUUUCUGAAGCCAGAAGAUGAGGACUAUCAAAUGUGUGAAGGAAUUGACUUUGAAGAAAUCAUAAAAAAUGAUGGCACUUUUCUAAAGAAGAAAUGUAGACCUAUCAACCCAUCAAAGAAACCAUUUAUCAUUAAUAUUGUCCCAGAAAAAGAUAACUUGACAUCUCUGUCAGUAUAUUCAGAAGAUGGUUGGGAUUUACCAUACAUAAUGCAUCUAUGGCCACCUAUCCUACUCCAAAAUCUUCUUCCUUAUAAAAUUGCUUAUUAUGUAGAGGGGAUUGAACAUAGAGUUUUUACUCUAAACGAAGGACAUUCAGCCCAGAUUUGUACUGUGGAGUUGGAUAAAGCCAAGCUACAUUUAAAAUUACUUGACUAUCUUAAUCAUGACUGGAAAAGUGAAUAUCAUAUAAAAUCUAAUCAGCAAGAUAUUAGUUUCAUCACUUUUACCUGUGUUACAGAAUUAGAAAAGACUGAUUUAGAUAUUGCUAUCCAUGUGACUUAUAAUACUGGCCAGACAGUUGUGGCAUUUCAUAGUCCUUAUUGGAUGGUCAAUAAAACUGGUCGAAUGUUACAGUAUAAAGCAGAUGGAAUUCAUCGAAAGCAUCCACCUAAUUAUAAAAAGCCAGUUCUCUUUUCUUUUCAGCCAAAGCACUUUUUUAAUAACAAUAAGGUUCAGCUUAUGGUAACUGAUAGUGAAUUGUCAGAUCAGUUUUCAAUUGAUACCGUUGGUAGUCAUGGAGCUGUCAAAUGUAAAGGCCUGAAAAUAGAAUAUCAAGUUGGUGUCACUAUAUACCUCAGCAGUUUUAACAUUACCAGAAUUGUGACAUUUACCCCUUUUUAUAUGAUUGAAAACAAAAGCAAAUAUCGUAUAUCAGUGGCUGAAGAGGGAAGUGAUAAAUGGUUCUCUCUUGAUUUAGAGCAGUGUAUCCCCUUUUGGCCUGAGGAUGCUUCUAAUAAACUUCUGAUUCAAGUUGAAAGAAAUGAAGGCCCUCCAAAAAAGAUACAUUUUAACAAGCAAGAAAAUUGUAUUUUAUUGCGUCUAGAUAAUGAGCUUGGAGGUAUUAUAGCAGAAGUUAACUUGGCUGAGCAUUCUACAGUUAUUACAUUUUCAGAUUAUCAUGAUGGAGCAGCUACAUUCCUGUUAAUAAAUCACACCAAGAAUGACAUUGUUCAGUACAAGCAAAGUUCUCUCAGGGAAAUAGAAGAUUCCCUCCCUCCAGGAAAAGCAGUAUUUUAUACAUGGGCUGAUCCAGUGGGCUCUAGAAAGCUGAAGUGGACAUGUGGAAAAAGCCACGGUGAAGUAACACAAAAGGAUGAUAUGAUGACACCUAUAAAUUUGGGGAAAAAGACCAUUUAUUUAGUUUCAUUCUUUGAAGGCUUACAACGCAUUAUUUUAUUUACUGAAGAUCCAAGGGUAUUUAAAGUGACAUAUGAAAGUGAGAAAGCAGAGUUAGCAGAGCAAGAAAUUGUGUUGGCAUUACAAGAUGUUGGAAUUUCUCUCGUCAACAAUUACACAAAGCAAGAAGUAGCCUAUAUUGGCAUUACAAGUUCUGAUGUGGUUUGGGAGACAAAGCCCAAGAAGAAGGCAAGAUGGAAGCCAAUGAGUGUAAAGCACACUGAGAAGUUAGAGAAAGAAUUCAAGGAAUAUACUGAAUCUUCACCUUCAGAAGAUAAGGUUAUAGAGUUGGACACUAACAUUCCGGUUCGCUUCACACCCAGUGGUACUAACAUGAAAAUUCUGCAACCACAUGUAAUAGCUAUACGAAGAAAUUAUCUUCCAGCAUUAAAAGUAGAAUAUAGCACAUCUGCACACCAGUCAUCAUUUAGAAUUCAAAUUUAUAGAAUACAGAUCCAAAACCAGAUACAUGGUGCUAUAUUUCCAUUUGUGUUUUAUCCUAUUAAACCUCCCAAGUCAAUCACCAUGGAUUCAGCACCAAAGCCCUUUACAGAUGUCAGUAUUGUCAUGAGAUCUGCAGGGCAUUCCCAGAUAUCACGUAUUAAGUACUUCAAAGUGUUGAUCCAAGAAAUGGAUCUCAGGUUAGAUCUUGGGUUUGUCUAUGCUUUAGCAGAACUUGUGACAGAAGCUGAAGUGACUGAAAAAACAGAGGUUGAACUUUUUCAUAAAGAUAUAGAAGCUUUCCAAGAAGAAUGUAAAACAGUUUCAUUGGCAGACUCAUCACAAGUCAGUCUCUAUGAAUACUUUCAUAUAUCUCCUAUCAAGUUGCAUUUAAGUGUUUCACUGAGUUCGGGUAAAGAAGCUAAAGAUUCAGAACAACGUGGAGGACUGAUUGCAGUUCAUUCUUUAAAUCUUUUGCUGAAGAGUAUUGGUGCCACUCUUACAGAUGUACAAGAUGUAGUUUUUAAGCUUGCAUUUUUUGAACUCAACUAUCAGUUCCAUACAACAUCUGAACUACAAUCUGAAGUAAUAAGACACUAUUCAAAACAGGCCAUUAAGCAGAUGUAUGUACUCAUUCUUGGACUUGAAGUUUUGGGAAAUCCCUUUGGCUUGAUUAGAGAAUUUUCUGAAGGUGUGGAAGCAUUUUUUUAUGAACCUUACCAGGGAGCCAUUCAGGGUCCUGAAGAGUUUGUCGAAGGAAUGGCACUAGGACUGAAAGCACUAGUUGGUGGGGCUGUUGGUGGAUUAGCUGGUGCUGCCUCCAGAAUCACCAGUGCUAUGGCUAAAGGGGUAGCAGCUAUGACUAUGGAUGAAGACUACCAACAGAAGAGAAGAGAAGCCAUGAAUAAGCAACCAGCUGGUCUUAGAGAAGGCAUCACUCGUGGAGGAAAAGGCUUAGUUUCUGGUUUUGUAAGUGGCAUAACAGGAAUUGUUACAAAACCAAUCAAAGGAGCUCAAAAAGAAGGAGCAGCUGGUUUCUUUAAAGGUGUUGGGAAAGGUUUAGUUGGAGCAGUGGCAAGGCCAACAGGAGGCAUCAUAGACAUGGCUAGCAGUACAUUUCAGGGAAUAAAAAGAGCUACAGAAACUUCUGAUGAAGUAGAGAGUCUCCGACCCCCUCGAUUCUUUAAUGAAGAUGGAGUUAUCAGACCGUACAGGUUGAGGGAUGGUACUGGAAAUCAAAUGUUACAGGCAUCAGAAAGUUUGAUAUGAAAACAGUUAAUGCAUGACUUGGCAAGUGAAAGCCAGCAGUAGAUUUUAGCCUUAAAAUUUAUAGACUACGUACAGCUGUUUCAGUAUUUUGAAUACAAAGGAAAGCUUUUGUAUCGGUAACUUUUUGUAUAGGAUUUUUAGUGAAUCUGAUCUUUUUAUAGGCUCUUCUUAGUUGUGUACUGGAUUUGCUCAAUUUAUUAAAAGCCAUUGUGCCUUUUGUACCCUCAUAAUUGGUGGUACUUAUUUAGCCAAUUAGACCAUUUGUGUUUAUCAAACCGCUAGUAGCUUUUUUACCAGAUAUAACCCUCAUGUCCAAUUAGGCAUGGGUAAGGAAAAAUAUCAGGACCACUGCUAUUGCAAAUUCUUGAGUUCUUAUGUUUUCCUUUUGAAGAUGCUCAAAUGACCAUGACCCUCUUCCUGCUUUAUGCUUGUGUAGUCUGUUUAAAACCUUGUGGAAUUUGAUAAGCAGUUCACAUGAAAGCCAACAUCUUUUAGUAAGGAAAAUUGGCUUUUGGAACAAUAGAAAACUUGAAGUAGAAUAUUUUAUCUGUUUAGACAACUUUCUUACUUUGUAUCUUGGACUUUUUAAAAUCUGGAUUAUGGUGUAGGUAACUUACACCAUAAUAGGUUAUACUGAUUUAAAGUCGUUUCUGUGUUUAGAUGUGGAAUACUAAAUUAAAUCAUUUGUUUGAAGACAAACAAAGAGUGAUUAUGUUGUAUAGACUUGAAAAUAUUCAUGGUAAUAAUAAACUGUGGGGAUAUGAUCCUUCCUUUAUAAUAAGCCUUGAUAUUUUAAAUAUUGUCAUGUCUAGAGAGAUCAGGGUAAAGAUUUAAAACUUUAAUAUUUUUCCCACUACAUGCAAAAUAUAUGAUUUUGCAUAAAAUGUACUUCCAUCUAAUGUAGUAAAACAUAACCAUUGAGUUAAUGUGCAAUAUUUAGUAAAGUGAGUUUACAUUGUAUUUAAAAUAUUUUUAAAGCAUCAAAAUAGUUGCAUAUUGGGAUAGAGCUGGCCAUCUAGUGAGAGGUUGUGCUCUAAAGGGCAUGUUUUACAGUCUCUACAGUGACAGCAUAUUAUUCUUUGGAAGAUGAAAAUGUUCAGAAGUCACCUAUGGUUAAUACACUUGAACAUAUAUUUCUGCUCAGUACCUGCCUUUCCUUAUUAGAACACAAUUAACAUGUUGCUAAUAUUUUACCAGACUGAAUAGUGAUUAAAUCAUCUUUUAGAAAACUAAAAAUAUUUCUUGAGAGACUGUUGUAACAAACUUAGUAGGAAGUAAGAAUGAGUAGUGAGGAGAGUUUUAGAAAUACAUCCUCGUUAUUAGGGAACAGAUUAUAAUAAGUAAGAAAGGCAUGAGUUAUCAGAAAUUUCUCACGAUUGAUGUUUCAAGUAACAAGUAAAUUUCAGUGACAAGUAAAUUUAUUCUACACCUUCCUUUUUAUUUUCUGAAGCUUUAAACGUUGGGAUUCAAAGGUCAUGACUUUUGACCGUGUAUUUUUAAAGAUGCGUAUUAUUUUCCGUAGGCCAGUCUUAGCACUAAUUACUAAAAGAGCUAUGUAAAUAACUAAAAACUCACACUAUCUUGUCAGCCAUUACUUGUUUUUCAGCAAGAGCAUUAAACACAGUGUUAGCCGGAAUACCUAUGGGAAAUCAUCGGAUGCCUUAGGAUGUUUGUGGUUAGCAUUAUUCUCUUACAGAUGUAAGCAGUGAGUUGUUGCUUUGGUGGUAGUGGUGCUUUUUUGAAUCAAAACUCUUCUGUAUUAUUAGCAAACACUUUAAAAUCUACAAAUAUCAGUACUGUGGAAAUGAAGUAGAUGACAUAUAAACAGAAUUUAAAAUCUCAUCCACCUAGAUUUAAUCUGAGUGAUUUAACCCUGAUGCCCUUAGAAAACUUGCAAAUAUUUCUCCUUUUAUUUCUAGUUUUCUAAAAAAGUACUCUGUGUUCACUAAAUUAUAUAUGCCCAUAUAUAAUAAUUAAAUAUAAAAUACACUCUUUCAUUGUGUCCUUUUCUUUCUAGAAAGUAGCACAUUUUUAUCAUCCUUUCUAGUAGUCAGAGUUGCCUACUAGAGAAAUAGAAUAAUAAUUCUAAUAUAUUCACAGAAUACCCUUACUGGUAUCAUCAAAAUAUUUUAUACAUUAAGUGUGCCAACCAGUAAAGUUUAGUCUUAGGUCUAUUAAGUUAUGGAACAUUAUAUCCAUAGUUACUGCCCUCCUCAGAGCUGAAAAGUCUGCUUCAAAAUUCUUCUGACUCCUUGAACAUUUCAUAAUUUUAUAUGUUUUCCAAGCAAUUUACCAUACUUAACUAACCUUUGUGCUUUUUUUUUUUUUUUUUUUUU